GCGCGGCGCAGCCAUGCUGGCCUGGCUGUGGCUCUGGCUCUGCGGCUGCUGCGGGACGGCCCGCGGUCUGCGCAUCCAUGAAUACUUGUACUUCCAAGUGCUGAGUCCCGGGGACAUCCGUUACAUCUUCACUGCCACUCCAGCCAAGGAUUUUGGUGGCGUGUUUAACACAAGGUACGACCAGAUCCACCUGGUGCCGGCGGAUCCCCCGGAGGCCUGUGGAGAGCUGAACAAUGGGGUCUUCAUCCAGGACCAGAUCGCCCUGGUGGAGAGGGGGGGCUGCUCGUUCCUGUCCAAGACCCGAGUGAUCCAGGAGCACGGCGGGCGGGCCGUGAUCAUCGCCGACAACGCCUACGACAACGACAGCUUCUACAUCGAGAUGGUGCAGGACAGCUCCCGGCGCACAGCCGACAUUCCUGCGCUCUUCCUGCUGGGCAGGGACGGGUACAUGAUCAGGCGCUCCCUGGAGCAGCACGGGCUCCCCUGGGCCGUCAUCUCCAUCCCCGUCAACGUCACCAGCAUCCCCACCUACGAGAUGAUGCAGCCCCCCUGGACCUUCUGGUAGCAGCAGGAGGCUGUGGUGGAUCGUGGACUUCCCAGUGGAUCCCAGGAUUUUGCCCUAAGCACCAGGUUUGAGGAAGGAGUCCCAACGUGCUCCGGAGAUCCCACCGGAUUCGGCAACCGGGAGAUCUUCCUGCUGGCCAAGUGCCAGGUGGGAAUCUUGAGCCUGGCACUGAGCACCCUUUGCUGUGACUUUGUGGGAGGGAGGUGAUGGCCCAGAGCAGGCCAGCGCUUCCCAGGAAACAUUUUAACUUGUGCUGCUGAUUUGGAGGGAUGCAGGACUGGCAGGGAUGGGAGGGAGAGCUGGUCUGGACCAGCAGGGCUCGCCCCACGUCUGUAUAUUUUUGUCUGAGCUAAUGAAAUCUGAAUGUUUUAGAGAAAA